UUUCGGGGAUGCGGGCAGCGCCGGUCUCUGCGGUUGAUGGAGGCGGGUGGCGCCGCCCCGGACGCAGGUGACACUCGCCAGGCCCGGGUUUCUGUCGGAGUGGGAGUGUGCUGGGAGCUCGAGACACAGCCGCCCCGGCGACCAGGGACCUGGCAACGAUGGCCGGAGAGCUGAGCCAAGAGGCACUGCUGGACUUUCUGUGUCAGGCCGGGGGCCGAGUGCGUAACGCCCAGCUCGUGAGCCACUUCAGGGGCUUCCUGCGCGACCCUCACGUGCCUCCCGGCCAGCUGCAGCAGCGUCGCGAGCUCUUCAAGGGCUUCGUGAACUCGGUGGCCGCAGUGCGUCAGGACCCCGACGGCACCAAGUAUGUGGUGCUCAAGAGGAGGUACAGGGACUUGCUCGGGGAGGAGGGCUUGCAGCGACCCACCCCUGCAGAGGGACCGCAGCAGGGCCACCGCCGCCCGCGUGACCCGGAGGCGCAGAAACUGCCGGUAGAUACCUCGAUCCGGGUGGGCUCAGGUGGCGAUGAGCUAGCAGGCAGCAGCGCGCGGGAGGCGGCCAGGGCACUGCACUGCCCGAGGGACAGCCCGAGCCGGAGGCCACCGGGGCCCGCGGCUGCUCAGACCAGAGGCAGGUGUGCGGCGGUGGAGAUGCGGGGCGGCUGCUGCUGGGAAUGCCAGCAGAAUGGCUGGGGGGACACCACGCGACAGCCUCAGCCCGGAGAUCUCGAGGACCCUGCGGCCGCCUGCGAGGAGCCAGAGCCCGCCGCGUCUGCCGGGGGUGACCUCGGAGCUCCGGGGUGGCUGCGGGAAGGAACCGUGGCUGAGCCAGCACCGGUGUCUACAACGCUGGUCUGGCCUCCGGCCGCCGUCGAGCCUGCUGGGAGCCCCACGUCUCCUCCCGCGCUCCCGCCCCUCCAGGCUCCCUCCAGUGAACCGCUGGAGCUGUUUACCGCCGGCUCCCCGAACCAUUCAACCCAGCAGCAGCAGCAGCAGCAGCAACAACAGCGCACUCGAGAGUGGGUAGCCAGAUAUCCGCAGAUGCCGGAGGCCAGGAACCAGGGGCCUAUGCGUGCCUGGUCGGUGUUGCCAGACGACUUCCUCCAGCUACCCUCGGAAACCGCCUCUGGGGUCUCGGAGAAAUACUUGGCGCUGCCAGAGCUCGUACCGUCUUGUGAUUCUCUCCUCCCCAUGGUUCCUGAUGAGUCCUCAGAAUUCUGGCCCGGGAACCCUCCACCCACUAUCUUUCGAAGCAUUCGUUGUCAGCUGUCCCUCCAGGAUCUGAAUGACUUUGUGGAUCAAGAGAGUCACAGCAGUGAAGAGAGCAGCAGUGAACACAAAGAGUCUGCCGGAACCCCCGAAGAGGGACUGCAACCUGUCCUGGGAACCUCCUCUUGGGGAGAGCUCAGAGAUUCUAUUGAGGGCCUGUCUGUGUCUUCAAAUGAAGGCAGCCCCAGUCGGAUCCAGCGGAGCCUCAGGUACAAAGGGAAUGCGCCCAGUUUUCGGAAGGUCCCAACAGGGGCCAAAAGCCUUGGAGAUCACCCGCAGGAGGCUUCACCCUGGCCAGCCCCCAGGUUCCGGAGGUCUCUCAGGAGGAGUGCUCGAACUGGGAGAACCAAAUCCUCAUCUUCCUCUGAUGAGGAACAUCUUGAUGAGGACUUGUUAAAAAGGAACCGGCGCCCACCUCGGUCCAGGAAACCUUCCAAGGCAGGAGCCCUGCCCAGCCCGAGGGUGGAUAUUGUCUUGGUACAGAAAUUGACAGACGCUAAUGCUGUGGCAGGUCAGCCACACACCUCGUGGGUCCCCAGCAGGAAUGGAUCUGCAGCCUUGAUACCCCACAGACCUCCUGAGCACAGGUCGUCCCUUGUUCCCCUAGAUACCAGGGAACAUGAAUGGAUUGUGAGGCUUGCCAGUGGCUCCUGGCUUCGUGUGCAGGCUUUGUUCUUGGAGGACCCCCAGUUGGCUUUGCACAGAGACUUCCUGACAGGGUACACAGCCUUGCACUGGAUAGCCAAGCAUGGUGACCUGCGUGCCCUUCAGGACUUUAUCUCUGGAACCCAGAAGGCAGGGAUUGUACUAGAUGUAAAUGUGAGGUCCAGUUGUGGCUAUACCCCGCUGCACCUAGCAGCUAUUCAUGGCCACCAGGGAGUCAUCAAAUUGCUAGUGCAAAGGUUGGCUUCCCGGGUGAAUGUCCGGGACUGCAGCGGCAAGAAGCCCUGGCAAUAUCUGACCAGUAAUGUCACUGGGGAAACAUGGCAGCUCCUGGGUGCACCCCGGGGCAAACCCAUCUUCCCUGUAUAUCCCUUAGUUCAAAGCUCCUCCCCAGCCAGGAAGGUCAAGAGUCGGGAAAUGUCUAGAAAUGUCACCCGGAAGACUUCCUUGGCUGCUUUGCUCAAAACCCAGCACAACAAAUGGAAGAUGGCCAGCCAGUAUGAGAAAUUCCACACCCCAAAGGAGAGAGAAGAAUAUAGUGACUGAGGUGGGCUCUCUAGAAGGCAAAGCACCCCCACCCCUGCAAGCUACUAAGUAGGUGAGAGAACCCAGGAGAAACAGAAACUGCUAGGAGUUGGUAAAGAGAAAGGAAAAGGGCCAGUGAAAUGGUGUCCUCAAGGGUCAUCUCAACUUCUUGAAAGCUCAUACAUACGUUUGGGCCAUGAAA